AUGAAAGUUGUGAAACGUGUUUGUUUUCUGCUGAGCUGCUGGACUCUCCUUUACCUGCACCCCGUCCUCGCUUCAUUCAGCCUCACCAGAACGACCGAGCACCACUACCGGCUUGGAGAGGCAGCGGAGCGCGGGGCAGGCGGCGGGGACGAAGAGCAAGCACACGGAAGAACCGGCGGAGGACUCGGCGGGUCCACGUUAGCAGCAGGCAGACAACCGGUGACCGGUCCCGGGGCGUGGAAACCUUCACCGGUGAGUCCGGCGAGGAUCACGCGUAUCCGUGCAGGUCCGCCGUUAAUCAAGGGGGAGACGACGGUUGUUAAAAGCACAGUUACUGCGGUGACAUCAGCGUCCUCACACUCACCACAGCGCAGCGGGGCCGCGCCGGUGAGCCGCGCACAGCUGCAGCAGCAACACCGUGACAGAGCAGUCAGCUUGGGUCGCAAAGAGGCUGCGCGCUCCUGGCUGCCCGGCGGGGAUGCUCACAUUAAAGCGCACGCUGCAGCUGCGAAAGGAGUCAGGACCGUCGGAGGUGGAGGUGGCGGCUCACCGGGGAGGAAUUUUGGGAAGGUUGCUCCCAGUGCUACGAGGUCAGCUGCUCCGGUGCGCACCGGGCACCCGCAAAGAGCCACCUUUGUGCAAAAGCAGCAGCAGCAGAGCGCGGCUCCGGCGGCGCAGCGGGGAGCCGGAUACAAGGCCCUGAAACUGAGCGACCGGGAGGCGCAUCACAAACAGCCGCUGGUGAUUCCUCACGACUACAUGCUGUCGCUCUACUGGUCUCUGUCCACCGGGGACCUGAACAGCAGCGCUCUGCAUGAAGCGGGUCUGGCCAACACCAUCACCAGCUUCGUGGAUAAAGGACAAGAUGAGCGCGGGCCCCAGCUGAGACGGCAGAGGUAUCACUUCAACAUCAGCUCUCUGGAACGAGACGGGCUCCUGGGGGCCGAGCUACGCAUCCUGAGGAAGCGUCUGUCUGACCCCCGCAAAGCCUUAAUGGGAUCCACAGCCACUGGCGGAGGCAGAGGAGGAGAAGGGGCUGGAGGAGGUCCGUCCCCGUGCCUGAAGCUGUACACCUGCGCUUCAGGUAAACAAAAGGCUGCCCUGCUCCAGACGAAGACCAUCGAGGAUCUGGUCAACGGAUUCGGCAGCAAAUGGGAAGUGUUCGACAUAUGGAAAGUCUUCAAGGGUUUCAAAAACCAGCAGCACCAGCACUCCCAGCAGCUGUGCUUUGAACUGGAGGCCCUGGAGCACAGAGGUGGUCGGCCCAUGGACCUGCGCACUCUGGGGUUUGCCCGGCUCGGCAGGACCAACAAAGAAAAGGCCUUCUUCUUGGCGUUUGGCAAGAGCAAGAAGCGUGACCUUUUCUACAACGAGAUCAAAGCACGAUCAGGUCACGACAACAAAACUGUCUACGAAUACCUGUUCACCCAGCGACGAAUGCGCCGAGCUCCCGCUUCAAGGGUGGCUAAAAAACCUCUGCAGCAGCCGCAGACCCUUCCCCAACACCAAGCGAAGGCGAGGCCACGCUGCAAUCGGAAACACCUCCAUGUGAACUUCAAGGAGAUGGGCUGGGAUGACUGGAUCAUUGCACCGCUGGAGUACAAUGCGUAUCACUGCGAUGGCGCCUGUGACUUCCCAAUCCGCUCGCACCUUGAGCCGACCAACCACGCCAUCAUACAGACCCUGAUCAACUCCAUGGACCCGGAGUCGGCACCACCCACCUGCUGCGUCCCCACGCGACUCACCCCAAUCAGCAUACUCUACAUCGACUCGUCCAAUAAUGUCGUCUACAAGCAGUAUGAAGACAUGGUGGUGGAGGCGUGUGGCUGCAGGUAGCGAAGAAAGGAUGGAGAAAAAAGAGAGGGAGAGAGACAGUUCCUACUCUUCGCUUUGAGCAAAGGCAGAUUUGUUUGUUAACAUUAAGAUAAAACCUAAAACUUUAAGAUCAACACUGAGCAAAAGAGUUGUUAUUUCAGCUGACUGUGACCGAACUCACUGCUAUGCAACAGACAUUAUUCUUCACACUCAAGUGGACUAUCAGACUGCAUACCACAGACUGUUAGACACUGUUAAAGACUAAACAGUGAAAGAUAAACUCAUGGAGGUGAUGCUCUUUAACACCCACUCACUGGAACAUGUGUGUAAUGUUGAUGUUGGUGGUGAUGAGCAAGAUGCAUCUGAGAGAAGCCAAAAAACAAACAGAUCACAGACUCUUUGAGAUGAAAAGCUCUGAUUAAAACAGACAGUUCUCUGUUUACUCGACUCAAACUGGUUUUUACGGCCCAUUCUGUUUUUUAUUUCUCUUCAGAUUUGUAUCUACUGUAUGUCCCGACUGGUGUAAAAAGUUUGUGCGUAACAGAAAUGCUAUUGAAGCAUUAGUGAAUUAUACUAAAAAAUGCCCUUUCCCAGCACUUCUCUGCCAUUGUGCCUUUGCCCGUUCACAUGUACAAUGAGGAGUCAUCUGUAUGCCUUAUCCCAGACUUUUUUUUAUAAAGCAUGUGAAGAAUUUCUGAUUUAUAAAUACCGGCCAGUGAUGAAGUGCUAAUCUGACCUGCUCCAAAUGUGGGAAAGUUGCAUAAACUGCUCUUCAAUAAAAAAUGUCCAAUUGACUGAGCUCCAAACUCCUAUCAGUCCGAACCUUUGCCCCCCAGGCUCUGCAGACUAAACUAUCAGAGGAAUUUAAAAGAUCAUCUGAUGCCAAAUCACAAUUUAACCCAAGAAUGACUGUGUUUGAUUUAGAACAUCAGCGUUUCUGUGGUUGGCUUAACGAACUGCUGCAAGUUAGGUGAUGAAAAAUAAGUUCACAGGUAUUGAAGAGGGCAUUUCUUUCUCUCCCUUUGCCUGUUAUUAAACUACAUCUACCAUGUUUUCUGAACCUUAAAAUUUCAGGCCUGGUUUAUUUUAAGAUUCCUUGGUUACCGUGGUAACAGCAGCUGCCAUGUCAGUUUACAGUGCAGCCAAACAAACAUAGUAACCGCAGUGCAGACCCACUGUGUUUCACGGGAAUGCUUCACAGUAAAAGCCAACCUGAGUUUCACCAGUUGAAUGCUUUUAAUGUGAAGCAACAGCAGCAGGAACUGUUGUUAGCAUUAGCAGUGACUUACUCCAGCUCCGAUCCAGCUGUAGAAGAGUGAACAAUGAGGCAGAUUAAGGAUUAUACGCCGCUAAAUGACACUUAAAAUGUGUAGAAAUUACAUGUUAAAUGUUCCCGAAAAUGCAAUUUUGUUAAAAUGCAAUCCCAUGAGAUGAAAUGGAUGAGAUCAUUUCGAAAGUAAAUGUUCUUUCACAAGUGUCUGGUCACUUUGUUGGGAGGUUUUAAAACUUUUAAACUUAAACUUUUAAAACCUCCUUUUUAAAACUUUUAAAACCUCCCAAACACAGAACAAAACAAAAAACUUAAUUUUGGCCCAGAUGAAGUGUGAACCCCUGCCUUAACUUAUGAGGGUUUGAGGGAGUAACCUGACAAAAUGUAAAGCUGUACAGAUGACUACAACUUCACUGUUGCUAUGUAACACAACAGCAGCAACUUGUCUGACUGUGUUUCAUACAGUCAGCAGGGAGUGCACCUGUCUUGUAAAGUUCCUCAACCACUGAAGCCAUAUGCACAGAGCGAAAGGCUUGUUUCUCUUGGAGACGGAGUGAUGUAAGCAUUUCCUUUAAUCAAUGCUGAGGCAUGCCAGUGGUACUGCCUCCUCUCUCAAAACCUGAACUGACAAGGCAAAGGUGUAGAGAGGCUCAGCAGGACUGGAGUUAAAAAAAAAAACACUCUGUUAUAAAUUAGCUGCAAUCUUGUAGCUUCAAACCUGAGAUGCUGGAUUACAAAUUACAAAUCACAGACCAUUGGAGGAAACUUUACAGUUGUAUUAAGACAGACUGUGAAGACAGGAUCUUGGGAAUAUCAACAGUGUUCAGUAAAUUUCUUUUAACCCCACAGCAGCUGCAGAGCCCCUUUAUUCUCAUGAACUCACAGUCAAAACUACACAU